AUGUUUUAUCCAACAACUGAAUAUGCCUAUAUUGAUGAAAAUGGUCAAACUGUAGAACCAUCACGAUUAGUUCACUAUUCUGAUACUAAUGAACCAUUAUCAUCGCAUAUGAUUUUGGAUGAAAAUAUUUAUGAUAGUAACCAACAACAACAACAACAACAACAAACACAAUAUCGGCCAAUUGUUAUUGAUGGCUCUCAACCAUUGGCUAAAUGUAGUGUACUCUAUUUGGGUACAGCUAUUUCUUCACCAGGUCAACGUGGCAUCGAUGCUAUACAAGAACCAUUAUCACGACGAUAUCCAGUCGAUGGUAAAGAAGUUGUUCGAGGUAUUGAAGCAUGGUUAUCUAUAUAUGAUAAUGGUUUACAAUUACAAUUUGCUCGUGAUCCAUCUGUUGUUUUAUUUUAUCCAGUUCGCUCUCUUGUCUAUUGUGCAAGUAUUCGUUUUGCCACACGAACACAAACAGGUGCAGAAUUUCCCAAUGGUUGGCGUUUCGUACCAUUAGAUUCACCAGCUGCAGCUCGAAUGGAAAAUACACGAAACCCACCAUUGUUUGCUGUAACUUUUCGACGUACUCGUCAUUUACCUGUUGAUGAAUGUCAUUGUUUCGUAACAAAAACAAGACAAGCUGCAUUAGCACUUGUUCAAGCUUGUUUUAGUGCUUAUCAAGCAACUGUACCACAACAAGAUUGUUCAAAAGUACCACUUUAUUUUAAAGUUGAUGACUAUGGUUCAAAAAAUAAAGAAAUUGAUAAUGAAAUACGCAUUGUACCAGCACCAGAUCGUGAUCGAACAUUAGAUUAUCAAACAAAUACAGAAGGUGCUGGGUUUUUCUAUAAAACAGAUCGUGUACCUAUUGAUACAUGGCAAUUAUGGGAACAUCAUAAACAUGAUGUUGAUCGAUCAACAAAGAAAAGUUACCAUUCAACAUCAAGAUCUCGUUCAUGUAGUUCAAAUCGUUCGUCAUCAUCGUCAUCAUGUUCAUCACCGAGUUCUUCAUGUUCAUCAUGUCAACACAAUCGUCGAAGUCGUCGUCGUCAUCGUCGACGACGAUUAGCCUCAAUAGCAUCGAUUUCUGCUACUCAACAACAACAACAAUCUUUUCCUCAAUCUGAUUCUCAAUCUUUAUCAAUAAAUACUAUUCCUACUAGUACUGCAACGACAACAAAUUCUAUUCAACAAACAGCUAUUGAUCCAUAUGCACCAGCACCUAAUCUAAUUCGUGUCGAACGUAUAAAAGAUGUUAAUUCAGGUCAAGAUGUUUUCAUUCGAUGGGUUAGUGAAAGAAAUCCUACAACAGUAAUCAAUGAUGAACAACAACUAUCUAUUCCACAACAAGUUUAUUCUACUCAACCGCCAAUCAAUUCAACAACAAAUUAUGAUUAUCAAAACGAUCGAGAAUUACCAAAUGAAAUCGAACGUUUAGCAUUACAUGAUGAACAUUUACGAAAAUCUAUUUUAUUUGAUGAUAGACCACCAUCAAUAAUGUCCAAUUAUGAACAGAAAAGACAUAAAAAACGACACAAACGAGAUAAAUAUAGUGAUAUUGAUAAUCAAGAGGUUGAUUAUGAAGUUGUUAGUGGUUUUUUUGAAGAACGUAGUGGUAAAAGACGUCCAAUUAAACUUGAUCGUGCUCGUAUAAGUACAGUUAAAGAUUAUCGACAUUUAUACAAUGAUGUAGUUAAUUCAUCUGCACCAAAAACUGAUCGUCGACGUAGUAAUCGUGCAACAUCAUUAAUUCGGCCACCAAUUCAAGAACAACAACCACCACCACCACCGCCACCGCCACCACCCCCACAACAACAACAAUAUUCUACACCAACUUUUCCUCUAACUAAUCAACAAAUAAUAAGACCAUUUGGUACAACAUUUCUCCCAUUUAAUACACCUUUUUAUCCGAAACAAACAUUUAAUACAACAUCAUUGUUUCCUCGACCAAACUUUAUAAAUCGAGUUCCUCUUACGCAUCCUUCAUUAUGGUAUAGACCGAUGUAG